UCUUACUCAUGAUCAUCCCAACGAGAUUGAACUGUUGGACGAUCUACUCAGCGAACAACUGCGAGAUUUGAAGGAGUCGAAAGCACUGCAAAAUACGAUGUUGAUAAUCAUGGGUGAUCACGGAAAUCGUGUGACGAGAAUGAGCAGAACGUUUGCCGGAAAAAUUGGAUCAGAGAUUGAUCGUUCCACAAUGCUUCGUUCCCUGAAACGAUAUCUGAAGCGCCAUCAAUGCGUAAAGCGGAGCUCUGUUCAGUGCCAGGAAGA